AAUGCUAGUAAUUGCUAUUAUCCGUUUGUCUGUGUAAUUUAGGACUUGAGCUAUUUCAAGAAGCUAACAUCUGCACUGUUUAUAGUUUUCCAUCAACAGAUGGAAGGUUACAGACGAGACAGGCUAAAUGUCCCUCGUUAGAAUUCCUAUGAAAUUUUGUGUGAGACAGAGCUGAAUAAUGAGAACAAUAACAAAUUGUCAGGCACUAGGACCAAGGGUAUUCCCUACACAGAGGAGGCACUUAGACAGAGACUCUUACUCAAACUUUCACAGCAAUCUGGUUCUCAGCCACUACAGAGCUGUAUGGCACUGGAUGAUAGAAGAAUUUGGUUUUCCUGAUCUGGAAUUUCGGAUUAUGUGGCAAUCUGGGAGCUCCAGAACACUGGAAUGUAAACAGCUUACAUACAGACCUAUGGAAAGUGUCAGAAAGGAACUGACAAGAAUUGUUGAAUACUGGAAGAAACACAUUUGAGAAGCAGAGAGCUUGUUGGAGCUAAUGACACAACACUAACUGAUCAGACCAUGAUGAACACCCAGUACUCCCCCUGAGCUCAGACAGGAAAGACGAGUUCACCCGGACACGUCUCACAGGUCCUGGUUUGCCCAUGCAGUGGUCCAUGUUAGCCCUGCUGCUCCUGUUCUGCAGCCACAAUUUGGCACUGCGAGCGGGCGAUAUCUGCCCACAGGACAGCAAGCAUGAGCAGACAGUUGACUCCACACCCAGAGUGGACCCCAAACUCUUCAACAAGAGGCGCUACCGGUCGCCUCGCGUGCUUUUCAGUGAACUACCCCCUGAUUCAGAGCCUACAGAACAUCAGGGUUCAAAGGACAGGACAAAGAGGCGAGCAGGACAGCCACAGAGUCGUGGCGUGUACUCGGUGUGUGAGAGCGUCAGCUUCUGGGUGGGUAAUAAGACAAAAGCAACAGACAUCUCAGGAAACGAGGUAACCGUGCUGCCUGACGUCAACAUCAAUGACGUCAAAAAAAAGCAGUAUUUCUUUGAAACAGUGUGCAGCGGUGCAAGAACUGGGGGCUCUGGGUGUCUGGGGAUUGAUGUGCGCCACUGGAACUCAUACUGCACCGACUCGCACACAUUUGUAAGAGCAUUGACUUCUUUUAAGAACCUGGUGGCCUGGAGACUUAUUAGGAUCAACGUAGCCUGCGUGUGUGUGCUCAGCCGCAAGUCGUGGAGACAAUGACAGUCUGUCAUAUAAAGGUUGACUUUUAUGUUGAUCAUAUUAUAUGUGUGAUAUUCCAAACCCAGUAAUAAUAAUAAAAAAAACCAUUCCAUCAAAUAAAUUAAUCAAUAAAAAGUUUAUGAACAAGGCAUUCAUUUCAUAUGCCUUAUUACUAUCAAUCAUUUUAUGGCCUUAUGGAAGUCUGUAUCAAGCCAUAUGAUGACAUCUGUAGCACAACAUUAGUAUCCUAUUAUUUUUCUUGAUGGACAUGCUUAGUUGAUAUACUGACUACAGAGAUUGUAGAGAACAAAAAUGCUUGUCUAUGAUGACUGCAUGUGUUAUGCAUAUUUUGUUAUUGUUAUUGUUAUUUAUUAAAUUUGGAACAUUAUUA